AUGCGCCUAGCCGGAUGGGGCAAGGAUUUCUGCAUAGCCCAUGUCGCAUCAUCCGAAGUCAUGGCAACUCGCGUGCGCAAUGUUUGGGGCACUGUGACAAUGUGCCCCCCCCCCCCUCCUCCUCGGUGUGCGGGCAUUGCGUGCGACAGAGGCGCCACGAUGCCCAUUGCGGGAGUCAGGCACGCAGACGCGGGACAUUGGCAGCUCGUACGAGACCACGGCGGAGGUAGUCUGGUCGUGGCUAGCAGCAACGCUUCUCCGUGCCGGCAGCGCCUCUCCGUUCACAUGUGGACGUUGCCGAGGACUGGCCGCAUGGCCACAGCGAAAAGUUCCGUCAAAGAAAAAUUCGCGAAAAAACAUCAGAUCAUGGAAAAGCGUCCAACCAGCCGCGACGUGGCCGUUGGAAGGGCUGGAGAAGCGCAUCAAUUGAGGCGGUCAGCUGGCGGGACAGCUGUGACGACCCGCCCGUGUGCAGGCAGAGACAGAGAGGGAUGCCAAUGCCCAUGCCAAUGCGGAUCAAGGACGUCAACCACGGCGAGACUGACACCCGUCGCGGAGGUUUAUCGGCUACGACGCAUUCCCACAAGCAUGGUUUAG